AUGGCUGUUGGAACAGCUAUUCGCACAAUUGAGCCGAAGAGCAUCAACUUCGCGAUUGAUCGCGGUGGCACUUUCACAGAUGUUUGGGCGUCCAUUCACGGACAGCCCGAUGUGGUGUUGAAGCUGUUAUCUGUCGACCCCGGCAACUACGAUGAUGCGCCAGCCGAAGGUAUCAGGCGGGUUCUAGAGAUGGUGUCUGGCACAACCAUCCCUCGUCGGUCGCCAAUUCCUAAAGAUUUAAUUCACUCAAUACGCAUGGGAACUACCGUCGCGACGAAUGCACUCCUCGAGCGGAAAGGAACCCGACAUGCCUUUGUGGUCACGCAAGGGUUCCGCGACCUCCUCGACAUCGGCUACCAAUCCAGGCCCAAACUUUUUGAUCUCGGCAUCCGCAAGCCAGAGCUUCUUUAUGACGAAGUUAUCGAAAUCUCAGAACGCCUAACGGUAGAAGCGUACGAUGAGGAUGUCUACAAGACCGCUCGUACCCAGCCCAAGGAGUCGCCUGGUUUGUUCGUCAAGGGCAUCACGGGAGACAUUCUAAGAGUCAUCAGGCCCUUGAAUGAAAAUGAAGUCCGUCAGAAGCUCUCGGACAUCAGGUCCAAGGGCAUCGAAACUCUGGCCAUCUGUCUCGCGCACUCUUACAUGUAUCCUGACCACGAAAAUAAGGUUGCUGAUAUUGCACGCGAUCUUGGCUUUCAGCAUGUUUCAACGUCAUCGAGCGUGGGCGCCAACAUGAUCAAGAUGAUUUCAAGAGGAAGCUCAGCGUCGGCUGAUGCUUACCUCACUCCCGAGAUCAUCCGCUACGUAAAUGGAUUUGCGAGACAAUUCCAGGACGGUAACCUUGAUGACAUCUCAUGUGAGUUCAUGCAGAGCGAUGGUGGGCUGGUAAGCCACAAGGCGUUCAGUGGGUUGCGCGGCAUUCUUAGUGGUCCUGCUGGAGGAGUGGUUGGUCAUGCACGCACGUCGUACGACGGCAAGUCCCCUAUUGUUGGCUUUGACAUGGGUGGAACUUCCACCGACGUGAGCCGUUAUGGAGGAUCCUUGGAACAUGUCUUCGAAUCCACCACCGCCGGCGUUUCUAUCCAAAGUCCUCAGCUGGAUAUCAACACUGUUGCUGCAGGCGGUGGCAGCAUGCUGUUCUGGCGUGACGGGCUCUUCAAGGUCGGACCUGAGAGUGCUGGCGCGCACCCAGGCCCAGCUUCAUACAGGAAAGGUGGCCCGCUCACUGUGACUGACGCCAACCUUUUCCUUGGACGCCUGAUCCCAAGCUACUUCCCCGCCAUCUUCGGUCCCGAUGAGAACUUGCCGUUGGAUUCUGAGAUCGUCGCCGCCAAAUUCGAAGAACUGACCAAGACGAUCAAUGCUGAUACGGGACGCUCGAUGACGCCUUACGAAGUUGCAGUCGGAUUCAUCGACGUUGCAAACGAGUCGAUGAGUCGACCCAUCCGAGCCCUUACAGAGGCCCGCGGUUUCGUCACCGCUGACCACAACCUUGCAACGUUUGGUGGUGCAGGUGGACAACAUGCGUGUGAAAUCGCGGAGAAGCUCGGAAUCGGCCGCAUCGUCGUUCACAAGUAUUCAAGCAUUCUCUCGGCAUACGGAAUGGCGCUGGCGGAGGUGGUCCAAGAGGCGCAGGAGCCAAGCUCCGAGAUGCUGUCUGAUGAGUCCCUUCCCAGACUCAAUGAGAGGAUCGACUACCUCAAAAAGAAGGCAACAGACGGAUUACUCUCUCAAGGUAUCAAACAUGCCUCUAUUCAGCACGAGCCGUAUCUUAAUCUCAGAUACAACGGCACCGAUACUAACUUCAUGAUUCUUCAACCUGAGGAUGGCGAUUGGCUCUCGGCUUUGGAGAGGGAGCAUCUCCGAGAAUUGUCUUUCACUUUUCCCAGAUCGAGGAAGGUCCAUGUGGACGACAUCCGUGUACGCGGAAUUGGUAAAGCCGAACAGUCUAGCACAGAUAAUGAUCGGCUCGUAGAGGAAUUGAAGUCGUUGUCAUUCAGCGCCGUCACCAAGGGCGAGGACACCACCACCAACGCAUACUUCACUGAAGGCGGGCUCCAAGCAACCAAAGUCUUCCGCCUCAACACACUGCAGCCGGGCGCAAUCGUCGCCGGACCAGCGAUCAUCAUCGACAGCACGCAGACCAUUGUCGUCGUCCCUGGCUCUCAAGCCAAGAUCCUCACCUCUCACGUCGUCAUCGAUGUCGUCGACAAAGUGAAUAAGAACAAGCCAGCAGAUGACGGAGAGCUUGUGGUUGAUCCGGUGAAGCUCAGCAUCUUCGGUCACCGUUUCAUGAGUAUUGCAGAGCAGAUGGGCCGCACUCUCCAGAAGACGAGUCUUUCGCUCAACAUCAAGGAGCGUCUGGACUUUUCUUGUGCCAUCUUUAGUCCCGAUGGAGAUCUGGUCGCCAAUGCGCCGCAUGUUCCGGUUCACUUGGGAAGCAUGAGCUAUGCCGUCAAGUACCAGCACGAGCUGCACCAUGGAAAGUUGCGCCCAGGUGAUGUCCUGGUUUCGAAUCACCCUGAGGCCGGUGGUACUCAUCUCCCUGAUAUCACGGUCAUUAAUCCGGUCUUUGACGAAGAUGGAAAGACGAUCUGCUUCUACACAGCUUCGAGAGGCCACCACUUGGACAUUGGCGGAUCCAAGGGCAACUCCAUGCCACCUGAUUCAACCGAGCUUUGGCAAGAAGGUGCUGCGAUCAAGUCAUUCUUCCUCAUCCGAGACGGCACCUUUGAUGAGGAGGGCAUCAUCUCAAUCCUCCUCGCCCCAGGAAACCAUCCCGGCUGCAGCGGCUCUCGUCGUCUUCCCGACAACCUUUCUGACCUCAAGGCUCAGGUCGCCGCCAACACCAAGGGUAGCAGUCUCAUCAGAGCCCUCAUGGAAGACUUCGGGAAGCCUGUUGUGCACUUCUACAUGACGAAGAUCCAAGAGAAUGCCGAAGUAUCCGUCAGGAAGUACCUCCUAUCUGCGUACAAGAGAUUCGGGUCCAAGCCCCUGAAGGCCGUGGAUUAUCUCGAUAACGGCUCGCGCAUGCAGGUUUCCAUCACUAUCGACGAGUCAGGAUUUGGCACAUUCGAUUUCACGGGAACUUCGUGUGAGAUGCUAUCCAACAUGAACGCGCCACCGGCUAUUACCUACUCGGCUCUGAUUUACACCCUCCGCCUCCUGAUUGGAUCCGACAUCCCUCUUAAUCAAGGCUGUCUCACUCCGACAAAGGUCAUCAUCCCUAAGAACACCUUUUUGAACCCUGGCCCGACAUCAGCAGUCUGCUGCGGCAACACUCUCACUUCCCAGCGCCUGGUCGACCUCCUUCUCAAGGCGUUCCGAGCAGCUUCCGGAUCGCAAGGUUGCAUGAACUGCUUCGGCUUCUUUGGCAACUCGCUCGACCCCGCUGCUUCGCCGGACGCGACGACCAACAACGGCGAGGGCUUUGGCUUCGGAUAUGGAGAGACAAUCUGUGGUGGCGAAGGAGCCGGUCCGACAUGGAAUGGUGCAUCAGCCGUCCAAAUCCACAUGACGAACACCCGUACCACGGAUAUCGAGAUCAUUGAGAAGACAUACCCGGUAUUGAUCCGCGAAUUCUCAAUUCGACAGGGCAGUGGCGGACGAGGCAAGUUCACGGGUGGUUGCGGAAUUGUGCGUGACUUUGAGUGCCGCGCGCCAUUGACAUAUGGCAUCAUCUCGGAGCGUCGGGUCCACCAGCCCUACGGCAUGAUGGGGGGUGAGAAUGGCGAGUCGGGGGCGAACUAUUGGGUUCAGAAGAUGGAAGAUGGCGGAGAAAGAUGGAUCAACAUCGGGCCUAGAGGCCAAGUCGAUAUGAAGACCGGAGAUCGAUGUGUCAUCCAUACUCCGGGAGGUGGUGGCUGGGGAAUUCCGGACGGAGACGAAGGCAGUCAGAUAAACGGAACCAAUGGCGUUGACGGUCCUUGGGAGGCGAAGGUUGAGUAUGCAAGAGCGACUGGCAGUCUUCACACGUUCGCUGCUGCCCAAGACGCUUCAUCGUAG